AAAACAAAAAGAAGAAGAAGCUCUGAACAUAAACCCCAAAUUCUGAAAAACCUCACACACAGGUUUAGCCGUCGUCGUCGUCGACGUGAGCUUCAUAAAAAUGCAUUCUUUAACUGCUGGCCUCCGAUUUCUCCAUAGGCAAACCUCAAAGAUCGCUCAUUUCAGUUCAACCGGAGCAAACCCAUUUCGCGGCGGUGCUGGGUUUAGCGGCUCCAUAGCUUCCGAUGGAGUUGGGUCUCUCUCCAAGUGUUCUUAUCAUUCAUUUGCCAAAACGGGCUCUCAAACUGAGACAUUGACGUGCUCGAGUACUGCCAUGUUACUGAAGAGUCCUCAACCAGGCUUGUUUCAAUGGACAGGAAUUUCACCACCUUUCCCCUGCAGGGGCAUGACAACAGUGGGUAAUACAAUUGAAUCAGCAACUCAAGAUUUGACGACUGAGCUUGAUGCACCUUCCCGCGUCAAAUUUAAGAGGCUUGAUAAAACUGCGAAGCACAUAAUGCAGAUCCUAGAUAAAGAAGCUGUGCAGGAAGUGAGGGAGCAGAGAGAAAUCCCUGACAUAAAGCCUGGUUAUAUCGUGCAACUCAGAGUGGAAGUACCCGACAACAAGCGGCGUGUUUCAGUCUUGAAAGGCAUUGUGAUAGCAAGACGUAAUGCUGGUCUAAACUCAACAUUCAGACUCAGGAGGCUAGUCGCUGGAGUCGGGGUUGAAUCUCUCUUUCCACUAUAUUCACCUAACAUAAAGGAGAUAAAGAUACUGGACAAGAAGAAAGUGCGAAGGGCCAAGCUUUACUAUCUCAGGGACAAAAUGAAUGCACUCAAGAAGCAUUAGUGAUCCAUUUGCGUAGUGGGAUAGAAAUGAUGUCCAUGUAUGAUUUGGGUAACCUAUUUUAUUUCUUGUCUUUGAGCAUGUUAGAUUUUUUGUAUCUUUUGCAAGUCUAUGAGAUUUCUGGAAGAUUGUUGAAACUGUGCACGAGCUUGAAGAAUAUUAUCAAAUUGGCAUAAAUGUGUUUCGGUUCA